UGAGACCUUACAUUAUAAAUCUAAUUUUCCCUUACACACCAAUGGGAAGGUUAAGCAAAAAAACUCUUGAAAUACUCCACGAGUUUACAGAUGAGAUAAUAAGAGAACGAAAAAAAUAUCACAAAAGCACAGGAAACAAGUUCUUGGACGAAAACAAUGACGAAGUGGAGGACAACGUAUUCGAUGACGUUCAUAUAGGCCGCAGAAGAAGAUUGGCUAUGCUCGAUUUGCUCUUCGCAGCUGAAAAAAAAGGAUUGAUCGACGAUGCCGGCAUCAAAGAAGAAGUUGACACCUUCACAUUCGAAGGUCACGAUACCACGUCAAUGGCCAUGACUUUUAUAGUGAUGCAAUUGGCUGAAAACAAGGAAGCACAAGACAAAGCCAGACUGGAAGUGACCGAGAUCAUGAACAACUCCAGUGGCAAGCUGGGAAUGACGGAAAUCCAGAAAAUGGAGUACUUGGAAUGUUGUAUCAAAGAAGCCUUGAGGCUGUACCCUCCAGUGGCGACGAUUGCAAGAUACAUAUACGAUGAAUUGCAACUAAAAAAUGCUCGUUUGCCAACCGACUCUCAUGUACUAAUUAAUUUUUGGGAUACCCACAGAGAUCCGAAUUUCUGGCCUGAUCCUGAAAAGUUCGAUCCUACGAGAUUCACUCCUGAAAAUUCUCGAAAUCGACAUCCUUUUUCUUAUUUACCUUUCAGUGCUGGGCCUCGUAACUGCAUAGGACAUGGUCAAUACAAUUCCAUGUCAUUUAAAACCAAAUAG